CGGAAGUAACAAAAAGCUGAAAAUAGAGCCGAUGAGCUGCAAAUGGAGCGUUAUAAACAAGGCUACUUGAGUAUAGUAGAGAAUAGAAGGUUAUUUUUAUUAUAUUAGGGUAAUUAGUAGCUCUCUGUCCUACACAAGGCUUUAGGGAAGAAUAUCCGGCUUGUAAAGGAGUGUGUUUGUGAAAGCUGAUCUGCGGGAACUCCAUCACCAGCGCCAGUCUGUUUCCGGUUAUGAGCGCUGUACUGUAUGUCCGAACUGCGGUCUUUUCUCCUUGUUUACACGCAAUGCGUUUAUCAGCAGGUGUGUGAAAUGUGCGUCUGAUAAUGCUAGGAUGUUUAAAAAUGUGUUCGGCUCAGGAUUUCUCGUCAGAACCGCUCAUGUUUUCCUGACAUGGGUUAUAACGCUGAUUCUCUUCCUGCACGACACAGACCUCCGUAGGGAGGAAGAGGCGGGUCGACUCACGCUGCCCGUGCUCUUUGUGCUCCUCGUGCUGCUUUCCGUUCUGCUCUACUUCGCCGUGUCACUGAUGGACCCCGGGUUCGUGCUGGCUGAUGACUACGAUCUCCAGUUCACUCUUGGCAUCACCGAGGAGCAACAGGACAUGAUUCCCCAAACCAAACCGUUCCGCCAGCGCCGAUGUGGUCAUUGCCUGUUACAGCAACCAAUGAGAUCCAAACACUGCCAGACAUGUCAGCAUUGCGUGCGUCGCUACGAUCAUCACUGCCCGUGGAUAGAGAACUGUGUAGGGGAGAGGAACCAUCGCUGGUUUGUGCUUUAUUUGGCGGUGCAGUUGGUCGUGCUGCUCUGGGGGCUGCACAUGGCCUGGUCCGGCUUCGGUGACGCAGCGUCGUGGUCGUCGUGGCUGAAAUCGAAUAUCGUGCUGUUGGUGACUUGCGCUGUGGUGGCGCUACUGGCGUUGACAGUGCUGCUGCUCCUGGGCUCCCACCUCUACCUGGUGUCUUUAAACACCACCACCUGGGAGUUCAUGUCCCGCCACCGCAUCUCCUACCUCAAACACUGCGGCAUCGACGAGAACCCCUUCGACCGCGGGACCCUGCGCAACCUGUGGAGUUUCUUUUGCGUGUGGAGCACGGUGGUGUGGGAGCAGGUGUACUUCAGGCAAGGCUGCAAUCCCACUUAAAGCACAACCCCCGAACACCGGACGCUAAAAUAGCCAAGUAAAAUCAAAACGUUAACGUCUUGGUUAGAAAAUACAUUCCUGUAAUGAUCCAGAUCUUUAUCCAUUCUCAAUUGCAUGGACGUAGUUGUAGUUAGAACCACGGAGAGCCUCAUUUAAAGCGAGCCUGAGCUGAUCAAAAGGUUUGUAAGACUGGUUUUCCUUUUAAUAGAUCAGUAGGAAAAUUUCUUAUCCUGUUGCGAAUGCACUUUUUGAACUUAAUCUUUAACAAAACGUUUUUCUGUAACAAUCGAGACGCAGAGAUCAAUCAUUUUAUUCUUUACUUCGUGUCAUGUUCCUCGAAGGUGGAACAUCUGUAGAAGACAGCAAGCCGACACUAAGCAGCACAUCACUCAGUGUGACGAUAAACACAGGGUAAAUUAUUUUAAAUGUUACAGCAUCAUCUGUUUCCUCUGUAGAUUUUAGACACUUUGGGUUGGAAAGUGUAAUAAAAAGCUACUUAGGGGAAAAAAAACAACAACCCUAUUUACUACAAACUACUUUUAGUAAUAAAAAGAUUUCUAGCAAAUAAUUUAGAUUUCUGGAGAACCCCUAAAUAAAAGCGUUUUUAACAGAAAAAGCACAUAAAGCACUUACUGUACAUCAAAAAGCUGAAUAUUUGGUCCUGAUUUGUAGCUAUACAGCGGAGGUCCAAACACUAGUUUUAUUAGCAAGAGUAUAUUUUAUAGUUAUUAAAGUUGUACUUAUUACACAGCACUUCCCCUCACCAGAGCUGAACACCUGUACUGAUGCGAUCACACGCAGCAGGGUUCAGUGAUCCCACAUCAGGAUUGCAGUAUGCACCCCCGAUUGGACAGAAGGUGUUGGUUAAUUUUCUAUCAGCAUUGCACUGAUGGUAGUUAAUGCUCGCUUGUUCUAACGUUGUGGAUUCUAUAGUAAUAAUAUGCACAGGGAUGCGUAGGGCAGAUGUAUUAUAUCCAUUUGUCCUUUAAGGAAAUGGUCGUUUUGAAUUUUUUUGGAUGAAGUACGCAGUGUUGGUGCUUUGUAACAGCAAAGCUGUCCAGAUAUGGAGUUUUGCUUUUUAGUAUAAAGAUGUCAUUUUUGUCUGAUUAACUUUGAGGGUCUGGGGCAGGAGGGGGUUGGGAUAUGGAAGUCCUAAAAGGCCAUGCAUAAUAUUUUUUGUUUUCUCAUGAUCUCGACAUGAAAGUUGUUUGCUUCCACCUAGUAAGGACUUGUAAGUUUUUAAAACAGUAGCUAUGAAACAUAUUAUUGGUGGUACUAUUUUAGUAACAUAAAACAGGAAUAGCAAUCCUCAUGUUAAUCUGGAAUCUUAAUAGGCCUAAUCCAUUUUUGUCAGGUUCUUCUCUAGGAUCUCUCUCUCAAUCUCUGCAGAGAUACAGUCCAGAUUUGCUGUAGUAAACUAGUACCUUUGAUAGAUUUCAGAUGUCAACUCCAUGAUAUACAUCAGAAAACAUUCACAAGACAUGAGAUUUUCUCGAUACAAUUACAUCGUGAGAAAACCGGUUUUUGUCGCAGAGAUCCCGAGAAAAUAAAAGGCUUUUUCGUUCUUCCAUAAAAGGGAACACUAUUUAGGCACAAUAAAUGUUUUCAUGAAUGUUCCACAAUAUGAAAUGUGACUAUAAACAGGUACAAAUUAUGCUUUUAUUACAAAACACUGUUCGGGCCAAAAAAACAAAGUUAGAUGAUUUUUGGGCAUCAGUGAAAAUCUUGUCUGUUGAUCAAUUAUGGGUUAUGUCGAAGUUGUACAGGAAUACUAGAACACUUUUGGGUGUGAACACUUUUCAUUUGGGGUGCACGUCAUCUCUUAUGGCCUCGUUGAACAGCUGUGAAAUCAUGCAAUCUUCUUGCAAAUCAUAGACUCCGAGCCCUAAGACGAUGUACUGCAAAGUUCUAUUUGUUUGAUCGGUUUGGUGGUUGCCUUUUUUUUUUUUUUUUUCUAUGCAUAUAUUUCUUUUUUUGUUUGAGAAAUUGACAAUCAGAUUAGCAGCUGGUACUAUCUUCAAUUUCAGCCAUAUGAAACUAAAUCUGCUGGAACCAAACCAUGAAAUCAAGCAUAUUUAAUGAUGCCACAAAACAGCUAAUAAAGAUCCCACUAGAAGUCACACAGGGUAUAUAUUAAAACCAUAUCAAACAAACAAGCCUAUUAUUUUUGUAUGAUUAUAUAUCGAGCACACCUGUUCUUUUCCUACUACCCAUCAAAAAGAAAAAGAGCAUGUGCACGGUUUUGUUUUUAAUUCGAUUUUGUAAUGGCGUUUGUUGAACAGUUGCAAUACAGUCUGUACUGUCGCUCCUUUAGAGAUCAAACCAUUAGAAAUGUCUUCUGUGCAAUAUAAAGAUAUCUGAAACCCUGAAAAGGAACAAGCAAUAAAAACUUCAUUCUCCUUUUUA